AUGGACACCAGAGCUGUUGUUCCUCCACAUCCCAGAGGGAAUGGUAAAGUCCAUGGAGAAGCACCAAGAAGGAACCAGCGAGUGGCUCUUGAAGACAGGACCAACUUAGGGGCAGGUCAGGUUGAAAUUGAAGGGAAGCCCGCGGUUCAGAUUACUCGCCGCAUCACAAGGAGCUUUCAUGCCCAGCUGUUGGCAAAUGCACAGAAGAACAAUGGGAACCCUGUACUAGUUCCAGGAGUUGUAGACAAGGAAGCUAAGAAUAGAAAUGGUUCCGCUGGAAAGAAGGUUACCAAGAAAGCAGCUGAUGAAGAUGUAGUUGUGAUUAGUUCUGAUGAAGAAAAUGAGAAGCCAGUCAAUAGAGGCAAGCCGGUACAAGGUCCAAGGAAAGAAGUGAAGACUCUCACUUCGAUACUAACAGCUCGAAGCAAGGCUAUGGCUUGUGGAGACGCUAACAAACCAAAAGAGCAGAUUGUCGAUUUUGAUAAAGCUGAUGUCAAUGAUGAACUAGCAGGUGUUGAAUAUGUAGAUGAAUUGUACAAGUUUUAUAAGCUUGAAGAGGAUGAAUGCCGAGUUGGAGAUUACAUGGACAAACAGCCAGAUAUUAAUUCAAAGAUGAGGGCUAUCCUUGUAGACUGGUUGAUAGAUGUUCACAGGAAAUUUGAGCUAAUGCCUGAAACAUUCUACCUCACCGUGAAUAUAACUGACCGAUUCCUUUCAAGGAGGAUGGUAACUAGGAGGGAACUUCAGCUAGUUGGCAUCAGUUCCAUGGUGAUAGCAUCAAAGUAUGAGGAAGUUUGGGCUCCGCAGGUCAAUGAUUUUGUUUGCUUGUCAGACUAUGCAUAUAGUGACAAUCAAAUUCGUGCAAUGGAGAAAGCAAUCUUGCAGAAGUUGGAGUGGUAUUUGACAGUUCCAACACCUUAUGUCUUUCUUGCUAGAUACAUCAAAGCUUCCAUUUCACCUGAUGAUGAGAUGAAGAAUAUGGUUUUCUUUCUAGCCGAACUUGGAGUCUUGGAUUAUCAAACAACCAUUAGGCACUCCCCAUCCAUGAUAGCUGCUGCAGCAGUCUAUGCUGCCCGUUGCACCCUAAACAAGAUGCCUUUCUGGACUGAAACUCUGAAGCACCAUACUGGUUACUGUGAAGAAGAUCUAAGGGAAUGUGCCAAGGUUUUGGUUGGCUUUCACUCCAAGGCUGGAGAAAGUGAUGUUAUUAAAGCUGUGUACAAGAAAUACACAAAACCUGAAUAUGGCGCUGUUGCUCGUCGAACUCCAGCAAAAAUUUGUUAGCGGUCUUCAUGAAGAUUUCCUUUCGAGUAUUGGUACUUUUUGUAGACAGUAACAACACCCACCUGAGUGUUGGUCUUUCUGUAAUAGAAAUUGGGUGCCAAGAAGAUUGUCACAACCCUGUGUUCUGUACUGGCUAGUCUGUCCAUGUUGAAUCAUUGAGUAAUUAUAGUAGAUUGGUGUUAUAGGUGGUUUGGUUUGCUCCUUUGGAAACUGAGAGAAGGCAUAGUUUUGCUCCUCGUUGUUUUCUACAUUUUGUUAUAGGAACUGAGUGAGAGUGUUUUGCUCCUUGU